CAGUCAGGUUGAGAGGCAGCUGUUUGAGCUGUAGUGUGUACAGCUUUGAACUAGCACUGGAGUUCCAGUUGCCUUCCUCUGAAAGAUUCAAUUCAACCCCGGACUUCCCUGGUGGCACAGUUGUUAAGAAUCCGCCUGCCAAUGCAGGGGACACAGUUUGAUCCCUGUUCCGAGAAGAUGCCACAUACCGCAGAGCAACUAAGCCCGUGUGCCACGACUACUCAGCCCACACCCUAGAGCCCACGAGCCACAACUACUGAGCCCGUGUGCCACUACUACUGAAGCCUGCACGCCCUAGAGCCCGUGCUCUGCAACAAGAGAAGCCACUGAAUGAGAAGCCCGUGGUGUGCAACAAAGAGUAACCCCUGCUUGCUGCAACUAGAGAAGGUCUGCGCGCAGCAACAAAGACCCAAUGCAGGAAAAAAAAAAAAAAUCCCAAUCAAAAUCCCAUCAAGUUCUUUUGUGGAUAUCAACAAACUGAUUGUAAGGAAGCAAAAGACUCAGAAAGUCAACACAAUGUUAAUGAAGAAGAACAAAAUGGGAAGACGGACACUACCUGUUUUCAAGACUUACUGUACAGCUGCAGUAAUGAAGUCAAUAUCAGUGUGGCACUGGCAAAAGAAUACAAACAGAUCAAUAGAACAGAAUAGAAAGCCCAGAAAUAGAUGCACACAAAUGUAGUUAACUGAUCUUUGACAAAGGAACAAUGGGAGCAUGGAGAAAAGUCUUUUCAGUGAAUGGUGCUGGAACAACUGGACAGUCAAGUGCAAAAAAAUUAAACUACACACAGGCCUCACACCCUUCAAAAAAUUAAUUUGAAAUGGAUCACAGACCUAAAUGCAAAACAAAAAAACUACAAAACUCCUAGAAGACAACAUAGGAGAAAAUCUAGAUUACCUUUGGUUGCUGAUGACAGAUUCAAUAUCAAAAGCAUGAAUCAAGAAAGAAAUCAUUGAUAAGCUGGACUUCAUUAAAAUUAAAAACUUCUGGUGAAAGACUGUCAAGAGAACAAGAAGACAAGCCACAGACUUGUCUGUGAGAAAAUAUUUGGGAGAAAAUAUUUGAUAAAGUACUGUUUUCCAAAAUAUACAAAGAACUCUUAAAACUCAACAAUAAGACAAACAACUUGAUUUUAAAAUAGGGCAAAGACCUGAACAAACACCUCACCAAAGAAGAUAUACAGAUGGCAGAUAAGUAUUUGAAAAGAUGCUCCACAUCAUAUGUCCACAGGGAAAUGCAAAUUAAAACAAUGAGAUACCACUACACACCUAUUAGAAUGCCCAAAAUCCAGAACACUGACAACACCAAAUGCUGGUGUGGAUGUGUAGCAACAGGAACUCUCAUUCAUUGCUGUAUGCGGGUCUUUCACUGUUGUGGCCUCUCCCGUUGUGGAGCACAGGCUCCGGACGCGCAGGCCCAGCGGCCAUGGCUCACAGGCCCAACCUCUCCGCGGCAUGUGGGAUCUUCCCGGACCAGGGCACGAACCCGUGUCCCCUACAUCGGCAGGCGGACUCUCAACCACUGUGCCACCAGGGAAGCCCCAGGCUAAAGAGGAAAUGAUGGACAAUAGAAGCUACUCCAAUCUGCCAGACAAACUGCCUGUCUUCACUGAUUCCACCCACUUGCCACUGACCAGGUCCUUCUAUCUGGACCCCAUGAUCAUGUUCCACCUGUACCCUGAGGGCCCGGUGCCACCUUCUUACUCUGAAGACCUGCCAUUGCUGCCUUUUUCCAGUGACUCUCUGAUCAUGGAAGAUUAUGGGGAAGCCUGCGCCUUCUGCUUCCCAAUGCCUUAUCCAAAUUACAGAAGGUGUGAAUACUCCUACAGGCCAGCCUUUAUCCAGAAAAGGAAUGAGCGGGAAAGGCAGCCGGUGAAAUGUGUCAAUGAAGGCUAUGCCCAGCUCCGACAUCAUCUGCCAGAGGAGUACUUGGAGAAACGACUCAGCAAAGUGGAAACCCUCAGAGCCGCAAUCAAGUACAUUAAUUACCUGCAGUCCCUUCUGUACCCUGAUGAGGCUGAGGCCAAGAAUAACCCCAGGAAAGAUUCCUCCAUAAUGGCAACCACCAGCCACCACACUGACCCCAUUUUCGGAAUCAUUUGAUUCUGUGUUUCUAAAUAGAAACAAAUAAUUUCACAAAAUAUGGUCCCUUACAUCAUUUGAUAGUUUUCCUAAUGGAGUUUCUGGGUGGGCAGAUAAUAGUUCAAAUGCUAAGCUGUGUUGGAUAUUUCUUACCUGGGUUUCAGAUGUACUAAACAUUAUCUUAUGUAGAUUGAGAAAACGCUUCUUAA